UGGUUGGUUGGGCUGUCUUAGUGUGUUAUGUGCAGCCCUUAGUGGAAGCUUCAGUGCACAGAAGGAGCAGGGGAACAACUGUAUAAAUCUGCUCCAGGAAAGCACCACCCUGCAUAGAACAAGCAGCAUCACCCUCCAUGUGACCAGCAGCUCCUUGCACAAGACAAGCUGAAGGAGACUUUGCCAGAACAGCUGCACAGAUCAUAGCCUGGGCUUAACAGAGCCAGAGCCAUUUAUUAUUGCAGGGCUGGAGAGAGAGGAAAGCAUUCAGUGAGCUGAGAGACCCUUGGAUCAUACUAUAGCCAGCAUCUUCUGCAGCAGGGGGGUAUCUUACAACGUGAUGGGGGGAGGACUGGACAGGGAUUCCAUGAACAGGAACUGAGCAGGCUGCAAGAAAUAGACAUUGUAACAUUGUUACUGCUGGACACAAGCAGACAUCAUUCUAAGGAUUUCUAUUUAUAUUGUAGCCAAAAGGUCAUUGGAGCUACUGACGCCAGGGUCCUACAGCAAAGGAUCUUGGAGAGAGAAAUCUGCUUUUGUGUGGAUUGACAGACCCCAUACAGGUUUUAUCAGAAAUCCCUGACUGGAGGACACCCCCCUUCACUCCCAGCCAUCAGCAUCAGAAUUUGUGAAGAAUAUUGCUUUCCCUGUUCACUGUACAGUGACAGAGCCCUCACUGCCUCCUUUGCAGUCACAUAGCCAGUAAGAGAGUGCAGUGUUGCAGCUCUUGUGUGCAGUGCCACUGCUUGUGUGACCCCUGCAAAUUACAAGGGAGAGUGACACGUUCUCAGCAUAGAUGACAGCAGUCUGGUAACUGAAUCUUUGUUCUCUUUGUAUUCCAAUCUACAUGUCCUGUCUCAGCCCCUCUUCGCUAACUGUAUAUUGGGGCUUCCCUGUGCCCCUACUGCCACAUGAAUGCACCUUUUCAUGCUCCCCCCAGCAGAGCUGCUAGCUGGUCCCUCUGCUGCCCACUCUGAGGUGCCACCAGGGAUACAGGACAAGCUCUGAAGGGCUACUGGGCAUUUGCCUACUGAACCGUGCAUGCUCCUUCCUUUAACGUUUUACCUUAUUGCUGACUCAGCAGCCUUCACUUACCGGCUUCUGCUUCCACCAAACCUACCGAGAACAUGAAGACCUUGUGGUGCUGGACCUUGUGCUGGUAUUUUGGAAUUGCCUUGCUACUGCCCUGGGCAGCUGGUGACACCGGAAAUAAAGCCAAGAGCUGUGCAGAGGUGAAGCAGGUUUAUAGUGCCAAGGGAUACAGUUUGAGUGGGGUGCCCCAGUCUGAAAUUUCAGGGGAGCACCUUAGGACAUGUCCCCAGGGUUACACCUGCUGCACUUCGGAGAUGGAGGAGAACUUUGCCAAUACAAGCAGAGUUGAGUUGGAAUCCUUGCUGAAAGAAUCCAGUUUGUCUGUUCAGGGAUCAUUCGCCGCACAGUACAGGAAAUUUGACAUUUACUUCCAGAGCCUGUUGAAUAAGUCGGAGCAGAUUCUCCAGGACACAUUUCCAAAUAUGUAUGGCGAUCUUUACAGCCAGAACGAGAGGAGAUUCAGGGAUUUGUUCUCCGAACUGCGACGAUAUUAUCGUGGCUCUGGAGUCAGUCUGGAGGAAUCCUUGAAUGAUUUCUGGAGCCGUUUGCUAGAGCUUCUUUUCAAGGCGCAAAACCCCCAGCUGUCCAUUACAGAUGAGUACGUGGACUGCUUGAAACAAAACGACCAACUCAAGCAAUUUGGGGACAUUCCACGAGACGUGAAGCUAAAAGCAACGCGUGCAUUUAUUGCUGCCCGUUCCUUUGUGCAAGGCCUGAGUGCGGCUGCUGACAUUGUCAGGAAAGUUACGCAGGUUCCAAUGAGCGCAGAAUGUACACGUGCACUCCUGAAGCUUGUCUAUUGCCCUCACUGCCAAGGGCUCUCUGGCACAAAGCCAUGUUUGAACUACUGCUGGAAUGUUAUGUGUGGCUGUCUGGCCAAUCAGGCUGAUCUGGAUUCUGAAUGGAGAAAUCUCAUUGAGUCCCUGCUGUUGGUGGCAGACAAGUUUAGUGGCCCCUCUAACGUGGUAAACAUUGUGGCAUCGAUUCCGUCAAAGAUCUCUGAAGCGAUAAGUUACAUGCAAGAAAACAGGGAAGUUAUAACAAACAAGAUAUUUAAAGUUUGUGGUAAUCCAGAAAAAAUUAACACAGAAAAAAGCAACAGAAGUUCUAAAUCAGAAGAGCGAAGACGAAGAGGAAAAGGUAUUCAGGAAGAUAAAUCAUCUGUGGGAUCUGCAGAGAAUCUGGUCUCGGAUAUUAAAAUGAUGCUUAGCGAUUACCAAGAUUAUUGGGUUUCUCUCCCGAAUUUGUUUUGCAACGAAAAGAUCACGGCAGGCCCUGCCAACGAGGACAGAUGUUGGAAUGGAAACAAUAAGGGAAGGUAUAUACCUGAGCGUAUGGGAAACGGUCUCGCCAAUCAAAUUAACAAUCCUGAGGUUGAUGUUGACAUUACUAAGCCUGACAUGAGCAUCCGUCAGCAAAUAAUGCAGUUAAAAAUAAUGACAAACCGCCUCCGCAACGCAUACAAUGGAAAUGAUGUUGAUUUUCAAGACACCAGUGAUGAUAUCAGCGGUUCUGGCAGCGGCGAUGGUUGUCCUGAGGAUGUCUGCGGUAAAAAGCUUUCAGUUGAUACAAAACUUUCACAGCCAGUAGCACACGGGGAACCAAACGUUCCUGGACAGGGUGCAUCAGCAAAGGGCACUUCACUGCGUUCAUGGGACUUUGUCUUGCUUCUUCCAGCUCUACUUAUGGCCAGAUGGUAAAUGUUGAAUAGUCAUUGUAAAGGGAAUGCAGUCUUCUUUGCUCAAACUAAACAUGGCCUUCUUCAUAAAGUGGCAAUGGAAGAGGGAUGAGUACUGACGAUGGUCACUUUAACACUGUGUUCUUCUGCAGGAUCAAACUGCCUCUAGGGGUUUUGUUUAACGUUUUUUUCCUAUGUAACUAUGUAUUAUAUUUUGCAAAACAGAUAAAAUAUGUCUGCCUUUUUUUUUCUUUUUUUUUUUGGGUUGAUAGGACACAAUUGCUAUAAGUGAUGCAAAUUUCACUAAUUCUGUGUCCUUUUUUAAAAUAAAUAUCAGAAAUGGAAAAUAUUUAUUAGUUUAAAAGACAUACAGUUCUAUACAUAUAUAUGGAAAAGCCGUCAGAAGCAUUUUAUGCAAUUUCCUGUUUCUAUAUAAUAUAUGGGGUUGUUUUUUGGUUGUUUUUUUUAAACAAGUUUUAUUUGAUUUCCAGCGCUAAGAGUUUUCUUGCAUUUAGUGAAAAAAAUACUGUGCAUUACAAAAUCACCAUGGACCCACUUUUUCUGCUAUGCUAUUGUAAUAUAGUCUUUCAUUUAAAAUUCUUGUACAUCAUGAUCUAUGGCGGAAUUACUUUUCAAUAUAAACACCGCAUUAAAUGGAUUAAUAAGCACAACAUUAUUUGUAUAAAAGAAAAACGGACGUUGCAUUUGGGGGAACUUGGAUUUUGUGAAUAGAUAGAAAUGCUGAUGUCUUUCCAUUUAAUACUUUCGAUUAAAUUUGAGACUAUGAUUGAAUUUGUUGCUAACAGGUUAUAAUGAAUGUUUUUGAUGAGCUUUUCAGAUGGUGGGUAUGAAAUAUGUUCAAAGAUUUUUUUGAUUUUUUUUUUAACAUUCACAUUUUUGAGUCGUUUAAUUUUCCAGUAACAAAAUACAAUAAGUGGCAUGACUUGGGAGAUGUAAAUAGUGGUCUAGUAAAAUAUAAAAUAAAAAAAAUAAACAAAAAUAAACUCAAAACUUUUUUUGGCAUUUUGAUAACUAACCACUGUAGGAUUAAUUAUAAAUCUAUGUUCCUGGCUUCAGGACAGUGGCGAUGAGCUCUUUAUAGUGUAGGCCGCUUUUCAAGCAAAUGUACAGACAUAAUAGGAACAUAAAAAUUGGCUCGCUUGGAGAUAUCUCAGGAAAGGUGUGGUCUCCGGCAAAACUAAUGCUGUCCACUGUGUAAGUGGGUGGGACCAAACUAAAAGUGGGUAGGGCAAACCUAAAGUGAGAUGGGUCUUAUUAAUCAUGGCAUGAGCCAAAACGAGAGUGACUGGUACUUAAUACCACGCUUGAAAUUUAAUUCACUCAACCUCUUACGAAACCUGGUAAAACUAGUAUGUUCCUAGGUAUGUGUAUAGACAAUGGAAUACAUGUGUUGAUCCCAUCCCAUUUGUAACAUUGCCACAUGGCCUCAUAUGCAAAUCAAUUAUUCUCCACUGCAGUAUUUAAUUUGCAUAUAAGGUGUCAGAGUGAUGUUAAGGAGAGAGCCAACACAUACGCAGUAAUUGUUUCUCUUCUUCUAAUUGUUCUUGCACUUCUGCUUGUCAAUAUUUUUUAUUCUUCACGUACACACUGCGAAAGGGAAAGGUUCCAGGUAAUAUUUGUGUCCAAUAUUUUAUUACUGGAUCCACGAUCUGUUAUCAGGAUUUCUUAAGGGUAGAGACUGAGGAUGUGCUGUUAUUGUGUGAGUACUAUACAAUUCCUUCAUAUUUGUAUGGGCUGAAGGUGGCCCUGUGUUACGACUUUUGCACCAUAUCUUUCACAAGGGUACCUCUGUUGUCCUUAUGUCUGCAUUUUCAGCAGUUGAAAAAAAACAAAAACCAUAAUAAAGUCUUCAUUUACUGUAAA